GCUCUAACUUGAUCCCAUCAUCAUCAUCCACGGCAGUGACCGUCUCCUCCGUCGAGACGCGCGAGUUCCUCUGACUCUGCGAAGCCUCCGACCCAUCUCCCUCGGUGAUAUCAGAAAGGUGGGUGCGCACAUGGUCGAUCUGGGACGUCGUCUCCAGCGCAAAGUCCUCGUCGUCGUCCAGUGGGGGCGGCACAACAGCCGACGCUCCCUCCUCCGAGCCAGACGAGGGCGCCGGCACAGCUUGCAGCGUGCUCGUCGACGCGUUCGAAUGCGUCAUCGACCCGGCGUCUUCGUCGUCAUCAUCAGCAGUGUCCCCCCGAGGCCGACUGCGCAACGGGGACUGGACCACGCGCACGCCCAGGGCGGAGCCCGCCUCGGACACGACGGUGCCGCUGGUGCGCCGCAGACUGCGCUUCGCCGAGUCGGCGCUUGGGCGCGGGGACGCGGACAGCGUGACGCUCGGGCGGGGGCUCGAGCGCGGCGUCGCGCCGGCCGAGACGGACGUGUCGGGGGUGGUGUUGGCGGGGCCCAAGGUGGACGACCGGAACGUGCUCGCGAUCCUCGAGAUGCGCCCGUGCAGACCUCCGUCGCGUUUCGCCUGCAGCGGCGGCUGUGGGUGAGUCGCGUCAGCACGGGCGCGGUGGCCGCGGGAAGCACGCACGAGGGGACUCCCGCUGCCGUCGUGGCCCAGGAACGGGUUGUCGUCAUAGUCCGCGACAGAUCCCGUCAUCGUGAUCUGCUGCCACUCUUCGUCGGAGAUGGAUGGCCGCGAGGGAAGCUCCGCAGUCUGCGAGGGCUCCUUGCGCGAGAACAAAGAGAUCUUCCGCGCCCUGCGCUCGCCCGAAGCCGUGCUCGCACUCAGCUUGAUGGGCUCUGGAAGCGGCACGGAAGACCCUUCUUCGCGUAGGUUCGGCGAAGAUUUCGACUUCUUCGCGGAUUUGUGCUUCGGUGCUGAUGGUUUCCCCUUAUCUUUAUCUUUCUCCUUCACAUCCUUCCUGGUGCCCGACUUCGACCGCGACCGGAUUCCUUUCAGGAAACGCGACGUGCGGGAUUGCCGGGGUGGGUCGCUCGCCGCAGCCGACGCCAUCUCGUCGUUGUCGUCGUCGUCGAACACCUCGAUCCACUCCACGAUGCCGCUGUCGUCGUCGAAAGCGCCCAGCUGCUCGAAUACGUCCAAAACGGACGCGCGGAGCGGCUCGUAGUCGCAGUUGCGCGGUGGGCGCUGGGUCAUGGCCAUGGCUGUAGGAGGGGAAGACAACGAGCAAAAAUGUUCCCUCGUCCGGUUAUGUAUCGAUGGGCUCUGCUGUGAAAUCUCCCCAGUCCCCUAGGUUACGCGCAAAUGACGUCGUCUCCACGAACAACCCGGGUAUAGAGAUGAUGGCGGCCGGCCUAGACGACGCAGGAGGGAGAAACAAGAUAUUAGUCAGGGCCGGGUGUGCUGCAGUGUAACGCUGGCGAAAACCGGGGCAUGAAAGCAUGUCCGCGGCGCGCGAAUAGCGGCAAGUCUAUUGCUUAUCCUGUGCUAAGUUGGCAUAUUCCCAGACUCGACGCCUCGUGGCCAAAUUGAGUAAACCUUCUGAUCGAAUCUACGACAGGUGGCUGUACACUGAAAGGCAGAUAGGGGCUGCUGGCGGAUGGCUCGAAGGACAAUCAGCAGAUGUUCGUUGUUC